AUGAACUACCGCAUCUUCCACCGCAAGUGGCCCUCGGCCAAGCGCUACAUGUGGUUCAACAUGCUCGCCGAGCUCAUCUGCAUGGUCCCCCUCCUUGUCCUCUUCGGCAUCGCCCAGCCCAACACCUGGCGCACCAAGAUGUGGCAGAUUGGCUACGAGAAUGGCUGGAACUCGGAUCCUCGCAUGAUUCUCUACGCCCACGCAAACUAUCGCCCUCUGCCCAAGAUCCCCUUUGUCUGGUCACAAUCCCUGACCGACUUCAACGUAGCCCUGACACUCGUGUCCCUCUUCAGCCUCAUCGUCCGCAUGGUGCUCUUCAUUAUGAAGGUCUACUACCCCCUCGUUGCGCUCAUCUUCAACAUCAUCCUCACGGCCCUUUGGACAACCUCCAUGUACGGCCAGAUGGGGCCCGAUCACGCCGACCCCGAGCGCCCCUCCAACAUUGCCUGGUACAUCACCCGCUCCUGCGCCCCCGCCGGCGGCCGCCACAAUGCCGAAAAGUCUUGCCGCCUCGCCAAGGCUUCCUUCGCCGUCACCGUCCUCAUGCUCGCCGUGGUCCUCGUCAACCUCGGCAUGGCCGUCUGGGGCAUGUGGCCCACCGAGGCCGACAAACACCCGCACCGCAAGAACUCGCGCUGGGGCGACGACAGCGACGACGAGGACGACGAGGACGACAAUGUCGAGUCGGACAGGAGCAGCCCCGUCAAGACGGGCGGUCAGUGGGAGAUGGCCAGCAUGGCCGGCGGCAAGGGACCCGCCAGCCCGAGAGUCAUGGUCCAGCCGUACACGCCCAGGACCAUGGCCUUCCAGACGCUGGAUCGCAAGCUGCCACUGAGGCAGCAGUACGGUUGA